UGUGGGCGUGGCCUACGCGUGACGUAACAGCGAUGGUAUCACCAGUCAUGUGGCUCCGGCGGUCUAUCCAGUCUUCUGUGUUGCUGGGCGUGUUGUGGAGCAAAGGACUGCUGAGAACCAUGUGUGCAAGCGCGAACGACUGGCAAUCUGCCAAGUCAAUCUAUGACUUCUCUGCCAGAGAUAUCGACGGCAACGAGGUGUCCCUGGAGAAAUACAAGGGUUAUGUCUGCGUCAUUGUAAAUGUGGCCUCCAAGUGAGGAAAGACCGCAGUGAACUACACUCAGCUGGCGAAAAUGCACACUUCCUAUGCUGAGGCUGGUUUACGCAUCCUGGGAUUCCCAUGUAAUCAGUUUGGAGGACAGGAGCCUGGAACUGAUGCAGAGAUUAAAGAGUUUGCCAAAGGCUUUAAUGCCGAGUUUGACCUCUUCAGUAAAAUUGAUGUGAAUGGAGACAACGCUCACCCUCUUUGGAAGUGGAUGAAGGCUCAGCCGAAAGGAAAGGGUUUCCUGGGAAAUGCAAUCAAAUGGAAUUUCACCAAGUUCCUAAUCGACAGACAGGGACUUGUGGUGAAGCGUUACGGCACAACAGACGAUCCUGUAGUGGUGGAGAAGGAUCUGCCAACUUACCUGAAAUAAUGCAACCAUCUCCUUUUGUGCACGGUGGUCCAAGGAUCUAUCGUAUGGACUCGAGGUUCUUGGCAUGCGGGGGUCUGGACCAAUGACGGCCUGUCUGUAAACCCAGAACUCGGGCAAGGCAGGCCUGAUGACUCAGUGUGCAACUUAAACUUCAGACUCCCUAGUCCACCAACCUCUGAAACUAUACCAGUAGAUUCCUUGAAUGAUCCAGCACAACCUUUUUACAAAGACCAUUCCUUCUUUUCCUAGAACGCAUCAAAUCUAUUGUUCAAGUCUCAUUUGAUCCGUAGUAACAUGUCACAAACUCCAAACUACUGAUUGUGUUUGCACUGAACUUCGGAAUGAUUUAGUUGCCAUUCUUGCAAGUCUUCUACCAGAAACAAUAAAUUAAGAAUGCCA